AUGUCUCAAGAAUCAGGCCAGAAAGAUAACAAAGUCCGUAUACCAUCAGGGGAUAAAUCGACCCAAGAUAGUAAAAAAGGGAGAGCAUCAAAAUUUAUACUAAACAUACUUAUUAAUGGAGUUUUGCCAGUCAUCCUCCUUUAUGUCCUUAAAAAAUAUGUAACAACUACUGUGGCACUUGCUAUAGCGGCUAGUCUACCAAUG